AUGGUUUUUUUCAGAUUCGAGGGGACGAAGGCCACCCAGGUAGCAGGUAUACCAGCAGGCAACACCUUGAGGCCCAGCAGUCUGAAGGUUGCCUCAUCUAUUCUGGCCGGUCAAUUCAAGAGUUCCGCUGUCUCGCACUCUGACCCCAGGUCCGAAUUGUCUGUCCAUCAGCCUCAAUCAGAAGGAGCAGUAAUUAGUGAAGAUGGCACAAUGUAUAUGAAGACCCCAGCAGUCUACUUUAGACGCAGGCAACCACCUCUGACUGGAGACCUCAUUGAGCAAAUGGUGAAAUUAUUUAUAUUUUAUUUUUUGUUGAAUAUAUUUGCACUACAGUUGCCACCAAAUGCACCAGAAACAGGUAGAGUAGAGGCAGAGCGCUCAUUUCCUUGUAUGUAUGCUUUAAAUUCUAAUAACUAUGUGAAUAAUUACUCGAUAAUAUACUCGAGAAAAGCAUACAUCUGGGAGAAAACCAUUACAUUCAGGGACACAUAUAACUAUUUCUUAUGA